AUGGUAUUCCCUGGGCUGCUCACCUCCAGCGAUAGAACCCCGUCGUUACGCUCCAAAUCGAGCGACUCCGAUCUUGUUCCCCUCCACCUCCAGCCCGAGUACAUCUACGAUGAGGCCCAGCUGCCCUGUCUCCCGCCCGAGAGGCCCGAUCUCCGCGAUCUAAACAACAGCCUCGAGGCUCUCGCCGCCGUGUUUCCCGAUAUCCAGAUCGAAGUCUUCCGCGAGCUGCUGUCUAAUUUUGACGGCGAGUCGCGCUUGGCUCUUGUUGCUGAUGCUCUGCUCAAAAACAGGGUGACGUGGGUCAAAGGCCGCUGGAGGGUUCCCGACAAGGAAACGGCUGCAGCUCAUUCCGAAGCGAUACCAAAGACCGAGGUGUUCAAGAGCAAGGAGUACAAGAGAGCUGUGCAGAAUCUGGCCUGGCACGAGUUUAAAGGGUUAUCGCGAUCUACCAUAAACGCCGUUCUCGCGGAAUCCAACUACUCCUACCUCGAAGCUCGACAGACCCUCGUUACGCUAUCCUCCAAAUCAUGGCGUUUCACGAUAUCAUCGCUUUUUUUUCGAAGGAAGCCUAUCGCUACGGGCGAGGCAGAGAACCAUCCGCUGGUAUCAUGGCGCUCAACCGGCCACGGCUCCAUCGUUCCCACCAUCCGAACAACAGGCAGUGCAGAGCUGGACCGUGAACUAUACGAUAUCCUGGUGGUCCCCUUGAAAGAGAAGGACAGAAAGGAUAGGGAAGGCAGAGACAGGGGCUUGGCUAUGAUCCUCAACAACGAAGAAGCGGAAAAAGCUGACGCAACACACGAGUGUGUAUGCUGCUAUAUGUCAGCAGCCUUCGAAGAGUUCACCCACUGCAAUCGCGAGGGCCAUCUAGUCUGCUACCGGUGUGUACAGCACUCGAUCAAAGAAGCCGUGUUUGGCCAGGGCUGGCAGAGCAGCAUUAACCCAGAAACGGGAACGCUCAAAUGCUUGUCCUCAGACGGGGAUGGAUGCCCAGGGCAUAUCCCGCCAGAUCACAUCCGCCUCGCCAUGGACGAAGAGAAGAUGGGCGCGGAAAUCAUGCAUAGGCUUGAUCGUCGACUUGCAGAACACAGCCUUUUGGCCUCGAAUCUACCUCUAGUCCGAUGUCCCUUCUGCGACUACGCCGAGAUAGACGACAUUUACACACCAGCUCAUGAAUCUGCUCUUCGUAUCAAGUCAGAUAGUAUCUACAACCUAUUCUUCCUCGCCCUCUGCAUUGGAACACUUCCUUUCGUCUUCCCGUUCGUUCUCAUAUCCUCUUUUGUGUGCCUUCUUCUCAGCACACAACAAUCCUUCGGCGACUACGUCUCUGUCGAGUGGUCCAAGGCCCUCAGCCGUCAUCGCCGUCGGCGCCGAGGCGCCAAAUUCACAUGCCAGAGCCCUACCUGCGGCCGCAUGUCGUGCCUCUCAUGCCACAAGUCCUGGAAGGACAUUCACGUGUGCAACGAAUCCUCCCUCGUCGCACUACGCACACAAGUAGAGCAAGCCAUGAGCAUGGCCAUCAAACGUGUUUGUCCCCGCUGUAACACUUCUUUCGUCAAGAAUGCAGGCUGCAACAAGCUCACAUGUCCCUGCGGUUACAAGAUGUGCUAUGUCUGCCGGGCCAACCUCACUGACGAGGGAUAUCGCCAUUUCUGCGACCACUUCCGCCCAGAAGGCGACGCUACGCCCUGUCAGGAGUGUGAUAGGUGCAACUUGUGGGAAUCAGAGGACACAGAUAAGGUCCUACAAGCUGCGCGUGAAGAGGCAGAGCGUAAGUGGAAGGACAUGGAGAACCGUGAAUUGUCGGGCACAGAGCGAGCGUUUCUAGAGACAGGCGUCGCGGCGAAUAGGGCGGAUAUGAGCGUUGAGCGUGUGUUGUUCAGCGGGAGAAUUCCCGCCCUUUCAGAGUUGUUCGAUCUUAUCGUGGAAACGGUGUUUGUUUAG